UUGGAAUACCACCUGCAAAGAUACCGGGAGAGAAGGCGAACCGAAUUUUACCUGAGAAUUUGGAAUGGGAUGAAAAACCAGAGAUUUCAAAAACAGGGUUCAGCUAUGAAGAGGAUCGAUGGUCUUCCUCAUUGAUUUCUUGAAUUGGGUUGUCGAAUUUUUCUCAAAUCUUAGCCUUUUUGUGCAUUAUAAACUGGAAUUGGGAAUACCCAUCUAGACGUUUUGCUGUUCUUCAUUGAAAUAGUGGUUUUUUUGGGCGCCCAAUUGAUCUAGAAUCGUCCAAAACUCGUGGGUCUUUUUUUAUUUUGAUCAGAAAGCAAAUUUGGGUUAGGGUUUUGGGAGAAAGAUGUUUUGGAGGGAACGUGAAAGAGAGAGUGAAGAGCGUAGUGGCAGUGGACCGCCCUUUGGGCAGGUUCGGGUGCUUGUUGUGGGAGACUCUGGUGUGGGAAAAACUUCACUUGUCCAUUUGAUCGUUAAAGGUUGUUCAAUUGCCCGGCCUCCUCAAACAAUUGGGUGUAUGGUUGGUAUAAAGCAUCUCACAUAUGGAAGUUCUAGUAGCUCUUCCAAUAGCAAUAAAGGCAAUACAGAGAGGGAUUUCUUUGUUGAACUUUGGGAUGUUUCAGGACAUGAGCGAUACAAAGAUUGUCGUUCUCUUUUCUAUUCACAAAUCAAUGGUGUCAUUUUUGUCCAUGAUCUCUCCCAAAAAAGGACAAAAACAAACUUGCAAAAGUGGGCUUCUGAAAUUGCAGGAAAUGGUACGUUCUCAGCUCCUCUAGGAUCUGCUGGUCCUUGUGGCCUUCCUGUCCCAUUCAUUGUUAUUGGUAACAAAGUAGAUAUUGCAACAAAGGAGGGCCAAAGAGGAAGCAGUGGCAAUCUUGUUGAUGUUGCUCGUCAGUGGGUUGAGAAGCAGGGUUUGCUUCCAUCUAGCGAGGAACUACCUCUGACAGAGAGUUUUCCAGGAAGUGGAGGCCUUAUUGCUGCUGCCAAAGAAGCAAGAUUUGACAAGGAAGCUGUGAAGAAGUUCUUUUUAAUGUUGAUCAGGAGAAGAUAUUUUUCAAAUGAAUUACCCGCACCAAACCCCUGGUCGAGUUCACCAUUUGAAAGACCUGCCCCCCACUCAAGUGAUAAUUUGAGUGAUGACGAUGUCUUCCACAUGGAUACAAGAUAGCAAGAAGGUGCUGUUUUGAGCGCUCCAUGAGAUGCUUCAAGUGGUUCUCAUUUGCUUGAGGGAUGUUGGCAAAUUCACUCUGCUACUUUCUGGAUUGAGUUCUAUUUAUUUGUACUUGGAGUAGAUUUAGAAAUGCUGAGGUGAUGCAGGGAGCCCCUUUUCAGUGUUUACUUUUAGCUUCUAUUAGUUAUGGCUAAUUUAAGGGCGGAGAUUCCUGGGUAUCAUUUUGGAAAGAAAGGAUGACAUAUCUUGAGAAACUGCAGAUCUGAGCAAGUCUGAUUCCCAUCAUUCUUUUGCUUUAGCUUGAAACUUAUUCAGAUUUAGAUUUGUUACAGGCAUGCAACUGGAGAUUGUGGAGUGUUGUUGUGGCAAACCCACAUCUCCUGGAUAGUGUUGGACUUGGGAAAGUGGUCUGAACAACGGAAACUUCACUGCUGACGCAGUUGGAUGGAGGCAAAGUUGGCAAUUCAGUCUGAAGUGGUAAAACCAACUAGUGAGAAUGAAAGUUGGCUGGAGUGGGCGAUCAAUGUUUCUGUUCGUCUUGUUUAUAGACCUUUCCGCAUGUAGCAUCAUUUAUAGCUAUUAAUUGCCUGUGAUUGCCAUGAAGGCAUGUUUGGAAAGGAUGAUGGUCUUUUUAUCCCAUAAUGCAUGGCAGUCAAGGCAACAGUUGCCAAUGCAUACAAUCGAAUCUGUGGAGAGCAACAUUUUUUUUGUCUUUCUAGGAAUAGUUUCUCAGCUGGUCCAAGGAUCACCCAUGGACAAAGCUUAGAAUUUGCUGGGGAGGAGGUCCCUCCCUUCCUCUUUUGUUCUUUCUUAUACCUACUGGUAAUGAAGAACAUAUCAAGAGGGCAAAAGGCAAAAUGACAUGAUAGGCUUGGCAAUA